AUGAAUACCACGUUCUCCAGCAAGGACACUUACUCUCCUGGGGAAGCUGCUCCCACAGUGGACUCUCUCAUCACCUCCUGCUGCACCCUAGUGACGGGGGCAUGGGUGCCAGGGAUCUCGGUGGCCACAGAUGUCCAGAAGAACCAGCAUGUGGCAAGGAUGGUACAAAUUGCUGUCCUUUGUGUCCUCUGCCUGACUGUCAUCUUCGGGGUGUUUUUCUUAGGCUGUAACUUGCUGAUCAAGUCGGAGAGCAUGAUCAACAUGCUGAUGAAAGACAGAAGAACCUCCAGGGAAGUCGAGGUGGUUAUCAUUGACACUUAA